CAUUAUAAUAUCAACUACCAUUGUAAGUACAUAUCGCGGCUAAUAGCAGUGCUGUAUAGGUAUGGGCACCUGUAUAGGUAGGUAGGUACCUAUCUCGGCGUCAUCGCUGAACAAUUUGCCAUUUAGCCAAUACCAAACGAAUUCAACUGGGCCAGCAGUCGACGCGGUUCAGCAAUAAUAGUGUCCGACCAAGCAGUUGCGAUGCUGUACGGGACCGGUUUGGCGUUCGUCGUCUUACUGACGUUUUGCGACGCCCUGUCGCGGCAAAAGAGAAUCGUUGGCGGAUAUCCGUCACUGAUCCCUGAAUCUGACGGGUUCAACGUCAGCCAACCGUCCCCCGCUAAGUCCAACAAUAACGUGGUCCACGUGGAAGACGACUACAGGACCGCCACGGUCACUGGCGUUAUGGAACCCGAAGGCUAUUACGCGUACAAAGGAAUCAGGUACGCCGAACCGCCGGUGGGGAGACUCAGAUUUCAGCGUCCGUCACUUGUUCGUCUUUCUGGAGAAAUCGAUGCUACAAAAUUUGGACCUCCUUGCCCACAGUUGAGUUCUGAUGGCAAUGUACUGGUUGGAAGUGAAGAUUGUUUAUUUCUCAAUGUGUUUACUCCAUUGAAGAAACCUAAUAAUACAAAUUAUCCAGUAUUGAUUUGGAUACAUGGAGGUGGUUUCUUUAGUGGUUCAGCUCUACAAUAUGGACCUGCCCAUUUAGUGAAAAAUAACAUAACUGUAGUUACAAUACAAUAUAGACUUGGAUCAUUAGGUUGGCUAACAAGUAAUUUAAAAAAUCUUCCUGGCAAUGUCGGAUUGUUCGACAUGCGUGCUGCUGUUAAAUGGGUUAAAGAAUAUAUUAGUUAUUUUAAUGGAGAUCCAGAACGAAUAGUUUUAUCUGGUCAAGGUAGUGGAGCUAGUGCUGCAACAUUACUGACAAUGUCAGAGUUUACUAAAGGAAUGAUAAGUGGAAUUUUUGCAUUAAGUGGUAGCCCACUGUCAGCGUUUGCAGUAGAUCCUAUACCAAAACAAACAUAUCAAAAUAUGACUGCAUUACUGGGAUGUGAUCAAUCUGCUUCAUUAGAAACAAUUAGAUGUUUACAAAUGUUAUCAAUUCAAACAAUUAUUAACUCUGAUUAUAAAUAUCAGAUUACAAAAUUAGGAAAAGAAGGAUACCUAACUGGAUUGGGUAGCUUAUUUAAUGUUGGUCCAGCUGUAGAAGGUAACAACGAUGGCAGAUUCUUACCAUUUUUUAUUCUAGAUACACCAUUACGAUUAUUAAAAAAACACAAAUUACCCGUAAUACCAAUGCUUACUGGUGUUAAUAAGUUAGAAACUAAAUCAGGAAUAUUAGGAAAGUUCAGAAAUCAAGUAUUAGACAAUUUAAACAAAAUACCAGACUAUGUUAAUAAAGUACUGCCACAGAAAGUUCUGACCACUAAUACAGGUUUAUUCAAAAAUGGAAGUGUAAAUAAUGCACUAAAGAACUUAUUUGAGAACAUUGAUUACUUAAAAUUAUUAUCAAGACUUGAAUCUGGGGCCAAAGAAAUCACUAAAGUUAUGCAAGGAACAACGGAUGCAUUAUUCAACUUACCAGCUUUUUUUACAUCACAUUUAUGGUCAAAACGCAGCAAUGCAUACUUCUAUAGUUUUGAACACAAACCAAGUAUUAAAUCUCCAGGAAAAUGGUUCUUGCCAAACAUAUUGGGAAAUCCCAAUAAAGAAAACUCCAAAAAUGACGGAACUAAUUCUCAUAAUGUUGAAGAUAAUGGAGAUCCAGGCCACGGAGAUGAAUUAAUAUAUUUGUAUGAUGUGAGGUCCAUUGAAGGUAAACAGAUUUCAGGAACUGAACUUAAAGAUAAAAAAGAUAUUGAAAUGAGAGAUAAUUUCACAUCAUUAGUAGCAGAAUUUGUAAAAAAUGGAAAACCAAAAUUGAAAAAAUUAGGUGAUGAAUGGCCUUCAUUCACUUCUUCAAAACAAUCAGAUUAUGUUGUACUCGAUGAGAAUUCACGUAUUGAAAAUAAGUUCCGUUUUUGUGAAAUGGGAUUGUGGGGUGGCGUCCCAGACAUAUUACAAUCAACAUACUGCAACUUGCCGGGAAUAUCUGAUAUAUUAAAAACAGUACCAGAUUUAUUACAAAAUGGUGUAUUAGGCGAUGUAACAGAAGGAACAGUUAAUUUACUAUCAUACAACACAAUUGAUGGAUUACUGAAAAAUAAUGUAUUAGUAAAUACAUUAGGAGGAAAAAAACCAGAUGCUACUACAAAGACCCCUAAUACUAUUACGCAAAAGCCAGCUCAUUUAUUAAACGGCUUACUUGGAUAGUACAUUAAACAAAUCAUAAGUUUUGUGUUCUAUACUAAGGUAAGACAUAACCAAAAUUAUUAGUAAAAAUAUAUUUUUAAUCUUAAUUUUGACAACUUAAGAAUAACAAUAAUAA